CUUGGUUCUGAUCACGAUCAUUGGAUACUUCGUGUAAUUAAACUGGUAUAUAGCCGGCAAAUCUUGGACAAGUCAGACUGCAACGCUGCACCGUGUUACUGCGAGGCUUCAGCGCUGCUGAAACGUGAAGGAGCUUGCAAAGCAGCUGUUGUUUCCGUAAUGUCCGAAUACAACUACGCUAUCGCCGUUUUCUUCCUGCGCCUUGAACUCGUUGUUUCAGCAGGACACCAGGAAACGUGGAAGGUGAACCAGGAAUUCUUUGGUGCUAUUGGCUUCUCCAUUUUGUUGCCUGGUUUCAACAAUGAAGAAAUUAAAAACGUACAGCAUAUUCGGUGGGUGUUUGGAGAGACACGGAUUCUAGAUUAUUAUGGUAAAUCAAAGAACGCCAGCCUCACCAUCCCAUACAGGAAGCGAUGCACCUUCUUCACUUCCAAUGGAUCACUGCUUCUGAAAAAUAUUGUGAGUCAUGAUGAGGGACUCUACAGAAUUACCAUCAAUUUAGAAGCCAACAGCAGCAAAGUCAUAAAACUGAAUGUCAUUGAACGACUGUCAGAACCUUUCAUCAGCAGUAAUUCUACCUUUGUGGACACCGACAUUGCACUGGUUUGCCAAACAUCUGUGGGAAUUCCACGUUCCGUUUUCUGGAUGAAAGAUAAGGAAGUGAUAACCAAUGGCCAGUACCAAUUCAUGGAAGACAAUUGCACGUUACUGAUUUCUCAAGCCAAGAAAUCGGACUGCGGGAUGUACUCCUGCGUAAUGGAAAACGCAGUGAGCGAAGUCAACAACUCUUACCAGCUUUAUGUUUACGGUUUAUCAACUCUGCAACUCUCUACCUUGCAUCUGUCCAUUGUAGCACUAAUUUUUGGAGUUGCUGUCCUCAUCGGCAUAAUAAAUUUAUGUUUGCAUGAGAAAGACACAAUAACUCUUCACUUGCAGAGAUUGAUGCUGCUAUUUCCCCUUUGUGCCGGAGCACUUUCGCUCAUCGUUCUCUUCGCUGCAAUUUUGUGUUGGGGAGCAACUGCAGGAUAUUCUGACAUCCCAGUGACCAUAAUGGUGAUUUUAUGCAUUCUGCUAAUACUGAUCUUUUUGGCGAUGUGUAGUAUGAAGAAAUAUGACACGAAUUGGAUCAAUGAAAUGUUCUCAUCCAAAUUUUGUAGGGUCACCCUGGAUGUAGUAAGCCCCCUGAGUGGAGUCAUUGUCAUCUGUUCAUCUUCAAUUCUGAUCUCACAAAUAACAAAGGAAAGCGGUAAAGGAUGCAAAACACCCGCCCAUUUUCAGAGUAGUACCAUCUGUACCGUGGUGGUACCAUUGAUAAUUCUGGUGAUCAUCUUCUCAGUUAAUGCCUUCUUUUAUGCAAAAAACAGGAAGCAACAGAAAACUCGGAUGUCUCCACAAGAAGAGGUCACGAUCAGCCUCACAGGACUUGAUUCUGCUAAUAGGACAGAGCCAUCUGAAACAUAGAACCCCAAAGGGAUGCAAAAUGACACAAUCAAGACUCAGUGAUCUUUUACCAGCAGCAAGCAAAAUCAUUUACUGUAUUAUUAAUUUAUCUAAUUAAUUAAUCCGUUUUUUUCUGGCAAUCAACAGCCUGUAACUUCCCUUUGUGAGUCGUGCUUUUUAAAAUGACAGUACACCUUUGCGCUUAUGCUGUGUUUCGAGGGAUUUGAUGAUCUGGAGUUCCUGGGGUACAAUUCUGCAGUGGACUUGGGGAUGGAUCGAGGCUGCCGGUCCCAGGCCCAAAAGUGUAGACUGAACCAACGUUUGGCCUUUGCUGCAGCAGACUUGGGACCUGAUUGAGGUGGUGGGCCUGCUCCCAAAAGCAGAAUUGGCCAUUGCUGCAGCAGACUUGGGGCCUGAUUGAGGUGGUGGGGCCUGCUCCCGAAAGCAGAAUUGGCCAUUGCUGCAGCAGACUUGGGGCCUGAUUGAGGUGGUGGGGCCUGCUCCUGAAAGCAGAAUUGGCCAUUGCUGCAGCAGACUUGGGGCCUGAUUGAGGUGGUGGGGCCUGCUCCCGAAAGCAGAAUUGGCCAUUGCUGCAGCAGACUUGGGGCCUGAUUGAGGUGGUGGGGCCUGCUCCCGAAAGCAGAAUUGGCCAUUGCUGCUUCAGACUUUGGGCCUGAUUGAAGCGGCAGAGCCCAGGCCUGUGAGCAACGAAUGAGUCAAUGUUUAGCCAUUGUUGGAAAGGACACGGGGCAGAUUGAAGCAGCAGAGCCCAGAUCCGAGAGUGAGGACUGAGCUGAGGUUCAGGCAAUUUAAAAUUCCAGCUAGAUUGGAAAGGUCAGGGGUGGGGGGAGGGGUGGUGUUCAGCUCAGUGCUCCACGAGGUUUACUCUCAUCUGAUCUGAACUGAUUCUGCUCAUCAGGCUCACUAUCUGGCUGCAGUGCUGCGUCUGCUCUCUGGCCGUGGUCUCACUUCCCAAUUUCAUGGACUCUGCAAUUUCUGUUCUUGAGGAAACCAUGUUGACGAUGGCCUAUUUUAUCAUGUGCCUCCAAGUACCCCAAAACUACAUCCUUAGCUAUCAACUCCAACAUCUUCCCAAUCACUGAGUUUAGACUAACAUGUCUAUAAUUUCCUUUCUCCUGCCUCUCGCUUUCUUGAAUUGUGGAGUGACAUUUGUUGUACGCAUUCAAAUAUAACACCUUCAGCCCUAUAUUCACCCUUUUUGAUUUUGUCCACUUUUUACAUUGCAGCUCAUCCUGUUGACUGCAAUUUUGCCCUUUCAUCAGCCUCUCCUUGCAGGCAGUCUCUGUGGUGAACUACAUAUUGAUGGUACAUCAGUCUCAAUUCACAUUGCCUUUAUUUGUAAACCAACUACCUCAUGUUUAGCACUAACCCUGUGGUUCCCAUCCCCCUGCCAAAUUACUUUAAACCCACCCAGACACUGCAGAUCAAUCACAAAAUUACCAAGGCACAAUCGCUUUUCAUCCGUGUUGUGUGUGAAUUGUUAUUUGCAAAAAGCAUUAAGGCUAAAAUGUGUCUUUGAAAUAAGCUGGCUCAUCUGCCUUGGUGUGUAACGUCUCCUGGACUUGCAAACUCUACCUCCAAAGAUUAAACAGCAGGUGCAUGGGAACACCACCGUUUUCAAGCUUUCCUCCGAUUAUACACUGGUCUUGGAAGUACGCUCAGUAGCUGCUUUAUUAGGUAGACCUGCUUGUUAUGCGAUUAUUUAAUCUUCCAACCAUGUGACAGCAACUCAGCGCAUAAAGGCAUGCAGACAUGGUCAAAAGGUUCAGUUGCUGGUUGGACCAAGCGUCAGAAUGGGGGGGCAGCACUCUGAGGAUCAUGUUUAUUUUUAUUUCCUAAGUGCCUUCAAUACCAAACAGACCUCACUGCUGGGGGGGAGAGCUCUGUUCAAUACAGGUUGGCACUUCCAUUGUAUCCUGGACAAUAGACUAGCUGACUGGAAGACCGCAGACUCUUUGUGCCAGACAUGGCUCUAAGCAGCACUGGGGCACCGUGGGGGAAAUGUAUUUGCUCCCUUCCUGUUUACCCCGUAUAGCACAGAUACAACACUAAGUCAUGUCAUCUGCAGGCAUUCUCUGAUGACUCUGCAAUAGUUGUGUGUAUAAAGGGAGGUCGGGAGAAUGAGUUCAGGGCCUUGGGGGAGGACUUUGUUGAAUGGUGAAAGCUGAAUCAUCUGCAGCUCAACAUCAGUAAGACAAAGGAGAUGGUGAUGGAGUUUAGGAAGAGAAAGCCUGCACUGCUUUCUGUUACUAUUGAUGGUGAGGACGUGGAUGUGGUGAGGACCUACAGGUGCACCUAGAUGACAGACUUGAGCAGAGCACCAACAGUCACCUUUACUUCCCAAGGAGACUGAGGCCCUUUGAAGUAUGCAAGUCUCUCCCUCACAUGUACUACCAGACUGUUGUCACCAAUAUAGUCUUCCAUGCGUGGUGUUCUGGGGCAAUGGUGUCAACAUGGGUGAUGCCAACAGGCUCAAUAAGCUGAUUAGAAAGACUAGCUCUGUUAUAGGAGUUAAACUGGACACACUGGAGCCUGUGGUAGAACAAAAGGACCCUACGGAAAAUCCCGGCAAUUCUGGACAAUGUAUCUCACCCUCUGCGUGCCACCUUGGCUGAACAGAGGAGCACUUUUAGUACUAGACUAAGACAACUGCACUGUUCCAAAGAGCACUUGAAGAGGCCAUUCUUACCCUCAGCCAUUAGGCUCUAUAAUAAGUCAUCCUAUAGCCAGGGAGGUGAGACUGUUUGAGGAAACUUAUUUUUUAUUCUUUCUUAUGUCUCUUCUAAUAUUUGUAUAUCUGUGUACUUGUAAUGCCACUGUGACAUUGUAAUUUCCUCUAGAAUCAAUAAAGUAUCUUUCUGGCUUGUG